UAUAAGAAUAAAAUAACUUAAAAUUAAAUAAAACAAAAUGACAAAAAUCAACUUGCAGCUAGAACCAAAUGAAAGUGGUCAUUUAGUUUACUAUCCUGGACAUUUUUUGAAAGGAACAGUUGCAAUGACUUUGGAUAGUGUGAAAAAGUUUAGAGGCUUUCAUGUUACGAUUUACGGAGAAGCGCGAGCACAUUGGACAGAAACGAGAUCUAGAACAACAGGAACGGGUGAUAACAGACGUACUGAAAACUAUACAGUGAAUUUUGAGGGAAAGGAAGUGUACCUAAAUUCGAGAACUUAUCUUUUUGGUCAACGAGGAGGACCAACAUUUGAAAUUCAACCAGGAGUUCAUAGAUACGAAUUUGCCUGUCAACUACCCGAACGUCUAGCAUAUACAGCUGAAUUAAGACAUGGCAGCAUUAGAUAUCAUGUUGAAGCUGUUCUUGAUAUUCCGUGGAGUUUUGAUAAGGAAACUAAAAUUCCAUUUACUGUGGUUCGAUAUGAUGAUCUAAACUUCUUUCCAGAAUUAAGAAUUCCUCUUAAGUACGAAGAAAUAAAAACAUUUUGCUGCCUCUUUUGUAAAUCAGGUCCAUUCAUUAUGACAGUAGCAAUGCCCUAUACUGGACUUGCUGUUGGCCAAACUGUUAACAUAACAAUUGAUUACGUAAAUAAAAGUGAUGUUAAUGUCCUGCAUACAAGAUUAAAGCUUAAACGCACAAUUUCAUAUACUAGUCAUACACCAGAACAUAAAACAAGAACAGACACAGAAAAAAUGGCAGAGAAAAUGACUCAAGGAGUCAAAGGAGGAGAUACAAACGCCAUUGAAUCAUCUUUGGAUAUUCCUCAAACCAUGAUGUGUUCAAAUGGAAGAUACUGUCAAGUUGUUUCAAUCAGUUAUGCGGUAGAAAUUGAAGCUGUAGUUGAUGGAUGCAGCACUAACCCAAAGAUCAUUUUCCCAGUAGAAAUUGGUUCUGUUCCAAUCACAUUCGACAAUCAAUUCACACAACCUCAAGUUCCAAUUGGACAAAUAUCGAUGCCUCAGAUGCCAUUCGAACAACCUUCAAUGCCUGCAGCUCCUAUAAUUCAUCCAUCAGCACCAGUUCCUGACGAAUAUAUAAAUGAUCUACCUCCAACAUUUGAAGAAGCCAUGAAUAUGCCUAAACCUGAAAGUACACCAUUUAUGCAACCACAACCAUCACAAUCUGGAAAUUUUGGCUGGAAUAUUGGAGCGCCAAGUGCACCAGUCAACGAAAAACAAUAAAUUUCUUGGAAUUUACCUCAUAAUUGUGCCUACAAUAUUAGGCAUUUAAUUGAUACCAAAUGUGACUAAAUAUAUGCAACUCGAAUAAAAUUCAUUUAUUAUAGAGAUAUUGUGAUGCAGGAAGUAACAUUAAACUGCAGUCUGUCAGAUUUUCGAGGGAGUUUUAAAACUUUAGCAUCUCCUUUAAUUGAGUAAAACAAUAAUUA